UCCUCCACCCCCUCGCACUACUGCAAAAAAAGGAGAGAAACAGAGAAACCACCACCAAACCCAGGAGCGAGCUCGGUGCGAGAGAGAGAGAAACAGAGGAGGCGGCGGCGAGCAAGCGAGCGAGCGCGAUCCCCUCCUCCUCCCCCGUCGCGUGAUCAUGGCCAUGGCCGCCUCCAGAUCGCUCUGGGCCUCCCGCGCCGCCUCCUUCCUCAGGAUCUCCACCUUCCCCAGGGCCUUCUCCACCGUGCUGAAGGACUUGAAGUAUGCUGACACCCAUGAAUGGGUGAAGGUUGAGGGUGAUUCGGCAACCGUUGGGAUUACAGACCAUGCCCAGGACCAUUUGGGUGAUGUUGUGUAUGUGGAGCUGCCAGAAGUAGGUGCUUCUGUAACUCAGGGAACGAACUUUGGUGCCGUCGAAAGUGUGAAGGCAACCAGUGAUAUCAACUCACCGGUGUCUGGAGAGGUCAUUGCUGUGAAUGAUGAACUACUAGAGAAACCAGCAUUGGUCAAUGGAGAUCCAUAUGAGGGCGGCUGGAUAAUCAAGGUCAAGGUCAGCAAUGCAGGUGAGCUCAACUCGCUGAUGGAUGACGAGAAGUACUCGAAAUUCUGCGAGGAAGAGGACAGCAAGCAUUAAGCAUGGUGGCUUCUGAACAUCAAGAAUAUGCGCUUCGACCUUUGUAGGUGUUUGUCAUGUGCUGUUGGGCCCUUUGUACCACCUGCUGUCUCAGCCCAGAAAGGAUCAAAACAUGGAAUAAAUGGCAUUUGCCUACCCUGGAGGUCUUGCAAGAUCCGAAAUCUGUAUACCACGAGUUGAUUUGUUUCGUUGCCAUGGUUUCGUCUCUGAUUUAAGCUCUCUUCUGAUUAAUUGGUAUCCAAAUUCUUCGUGCGUGA